AUGGCUGAGCAAACCCAUUACCUAGCCGAGGCGUGCUCUGGCACCACAACCGGGAAAUGCCAAGUCCUAGGAGACUCAAUUCUUCUGAUCCUGGUCAGCAUCAUGUUGCUCAACGUGUGGAUCAACGUGGUGACUCUGCUCUGGAUGCAUCUGAAGAGAUUCUUGCGGGCAGGUUUCAACCGUAUUUUCCCCAAAGACAAGCAAGCCAGCUGUGGAGGCAGCCAUCGCACGCGCUGCUCCGUGGAUCCCAAGAACCUGUGUUCAAGAGUUUCUCCCUGCUUCCGCCAUUGCCCGAGCUUCCUGCACAGGCACCCAAACCACCUUGAAUCCUGGAUACCAGAAACAGAUGAUGAGACGGCUUCUAAGUGCUGCUGGAUGCCGCCGCAGUGUGGACGGGCUCGGGCUUCCACGGAGGCUCCACGGGGACUGUGGAAGGAGGGGAUAAGCAAGGUGGACGUGGUUCCACUCUGCCUGCCCCAAGAGAGCAAGACUAAGACCCCAGACUAUGACUCAGCCCGGGCCCAGACCUGCCCCCCAGUUCAGCUCCCUGCACAUUCUCCUGCCAAGGCCCAGACCUUCUCCUACAAGCACCCCUCUGUGCACGCCCCACCUCAGGCCCAGACUUGCUCCACACUCCACCUCCCUGAGCACACUACCCCCCAGGCCCAGACCCCCUCACCAGCCCUCACCCCUGAGCACAGCCCUGCCCAGGUCCAUGGCCCGGAGCAUACCUCAGCCCAUACCCCAGCCCAGGCCCAAGCCCAGGCCCCCUCAUAUGCCUCAGCCCUAUUCCUGGGCCACACUUCUCUCUGCACCCUGACCCAUGCUCAUCUGACCUAUACCCAUGCCAACACUCUGGCCCCUCCCCCAACUUCUGCCCCUGCUACUACUCCUGCCCUAGCCCCUACACCAGCCCCUGUCCCGAUCUCUGCCACAACCUCUGUCCCAGCACUGGUCAUGACCCUGACGACCCCUCCAGUCCCUUCCACCACCCAUACCCCCAUCCUAGAUUCUAUUCUCUCUACCUUGUCUACCUUCGACCAAGGCCUCUCCUCUGGCCAUGUGGUCUACUAUGCCCGCAGCAUAAAGCAGAACUUAUUCCAUGUGUGUCCCCCUCAGAACUCUGGGUACUCCAGAAAUGACUUGGGUACCCUAACCAGGCCCCAAGAGGGGCAUGGUCUGGUGAGCUCUGGUACAGCUGAGCAAACACUGAAGCAAUGUAGUGGGGACAGUGCCAAGCCCUCCACAGUGUCCAUACCGGGUUACGUGGAGUUGGGGACUAUGGAAUGGAAGAUCCCAAAUCAUGCCAAAGACAAAUUUGUACAGUCCAAGACCUUCACUCACUGUAGCUCCCAUCCUUGCCAGUCUGAGAAGAGAAACACGGAUCCCCAGACUCCAGUCUGCCCCAAAUUCCUGGUGUACUCCAAGGAUGCUGCACCUUCUCAACCUUGCUUCCAUUCUCCGACCAGUGCCCAGAGCUCACCAUGCACCAUGCCUCCACCAUGCACUCUUUCUCUGCCUCUUGUUCCCAGAUCCUUUGUCCUUCAUCAACACAGCAACCACCAGAAGCCCUCCGCCUUAAUACAAACCCCCACCUUUCUAACCUCCAAGUCUCCUCAGUCUGUCCUCUCUCCCCAGGGCCCCAUCCCUCCCCAGUUAUCCACUACUUCCCAAACCCCAAACCAGCCCCAACCCCCAGAACUUCAUGAGAGUCUAGGUCUCAACCAAUGCUCUGUCCUCCAAAGGACCCCAGGCCUUACCGGAGACACAGGCCUCCUCAAGAACCCAGGCCUUGCUCAAGAUCCAGGCCUCCACGAACUUCGAGGCCUUACCGAAGACCCUUACUUCUGCAAGAAUCCAAGCCUUUCCCAAGACUCUGACCUUCAGAAGAAUCCAGUCAUUACCCAAGAUUCUUGGCCACAGAAGAGUCCAUGCCAUGCCCAAGACUCUGCAGUCAACAAGAGCUCAGUCCUUUGCCAGGAGUCUGAUCUCCAUAAGAGCCCAGGUCUUGUGCAAACCGCUCGUCUCCAUAAGGGCUCAAGCCUUACCCGAGACUCCGGAGACUACAAGAAUCCAGGCCUGUCCCAAGCUUCUGGAGUCUGCAGGAGCCAAGGCCUUACUCAAGAUUCUGACCUCCAUAAGAAUCCUGGCCUUACCCAAGAUGCUGGAAUUUACAGGAGCUCAGAACAUACCCAUGACCCUAACUUCCAUGAGGACUCAGGAAUUAAUCGAGAUCCUGGCCCCCAUAAGGGUCCAGCCCUUACUCCAGACUCUGGCUUAUCCAAGAGACGAGGCCUCCAUAACAACUCAGGCCUUAUCCCAAACCCUGGCCUCCACAAGAACCCUCUAGGAACUGACUCUGUCCAAGUUUUGGGCCCACGUCAGACCCAAAAGUCAUUUAUAUCUGAGACAGUUCCUCGAAAGGAGGAUGCAGGGCAGCACAUACCAUGGACUUCUGUCCCACCCAGUCACAACUCCUGCUCUGCCAAGGCUCAGGGGGCCUACAAUGACCUGCUAACCUCCUCGCAGCGAACAGGCAGACAAGCCUGGGUGUACCACCCGAUACCAUCCCCCCAGGCUGCCAGAACUAUCACCAGAUGUCUACGCCUCCCAAAACCAGCAGGCACCUGGCUAGGGCAUGUGGUCUUUGAUGCCCGCCAGAGACAGCAGACAGGGACAAGUGCGAAGCUCUCUCUAGGGCGUGUGGUCUUUGACGCCCGCCAGAGACAGCAGACAGGGACAAGUGCGAAGCUCUGUCUCCCAGGCGCCUUCAUAGGGCCACAUCCAACUGCCGGAGUCCAGCUCCAGCGAGUCAAGGGAAACCCGAGGGAUAGAUAG